AAUGAUAAUAAUAAAAUGAAAUUACUUCUGUAUAAUCUGUGCCGACUGCCGAGUGCCGAUCAUUUAUUCUAUUUUAUUAAUAUCUAGGUGUUCUUCUUUUGUAUAGGUGAUUCAAUAAUUGUAUUAACAGUUUAUUUGUAUGUCAAAAAAGAUCAAGAGUGUCUAGGUUUAUUUGUUGGAUAUGGAUGUAUUGAAAUUCUAAACAGAUACUACAUUUCUUAAUAAAAUGGAUGAUGUAUCAUUAUCAGAUUCUCCAAUUGUAUGGGAGAGUGAAUCUUUCGAAGAAGAAAAACAAAAAUGGUUUGUAAAACAACAUAUUAUGUUUUUAAUUGAUGCUUCAAAACCAAUGUUCAAUACUUAUAAUAACACAACUUAUUUUGCAACAAGUAUUGAACUAUGCAAAAGAGUAGUUCUAAAACUUAUUAGGGAGAGCAGAAAUGAUAAAAUAGGUAUAUUGAUAUAUGGUACAAACGAUGAAAAUAAAAAAUGUCCGAAGUAUAUUAAUGUGCUAUCCGAACCGAUAAAACCCAACAUUCAAUUAAUUAAAAAGCUAGAUGAUGUACUAACUGGUAAACUUAUUCAAACUGGACAGUGUCCUUUGUCACCACUAUCUGAUGCGGUAUGGUAUGGUAACUAUCUUACAAAAAGAUGUAGUGAAAAUCAAAGCUGUAGUACUAUUAUGCUCAUGUCAUGCAAUGACCAACCUGAAAUAGGCGAUACUAAAAAACAAUUCCAUCUAAGAACAAGAAUUGAUGAUGUUAUUAAAAAUAAUAUUGAUUUUAAGCUUAUACCUAUUGGUGCAACAUUUAAUAUGAACCUUUUCUAUGGAGCUCUUCUUAAGAACUUAAGUAUCUCCAAACCCAUCAAUGGGUUAGAAAGUAUAGAUGAUAUUAUGUCGGAAAUCAAUGACAAACUGAAACAUGGUAGAAGUGUAUCUAAAAUAAAGUUCUUUAUCAAUAACAACUUUUAUAUAUCUACUUCAUUGUACAAAUUUUAUACAAAAUCAAAAAUGCCAUCAAAAGUAAAGCUGGACAAGAAGACUAAUAAACCUUUGACUUGUAAGACUCAAGUAUAUACGUUAGACACUAAAGAAUUAAUGUAUAAAUCUGAUCAGGCUAAAUAUUUGGUAUCAGCAGGGGAAAAAAUAAUAUUUAAAAACGAAGACAUAACAAUUCUGAAAAGUGGUAUUAUAGAACCUGGUAUUAGAUUACUUGGAUUUACAAAUAAAGAGAAUAUUAUGAUAUGGUAUCAUUUUAAGACUUCAAUCUUCCUACGCCCUAAUAAUGAUGUAGUAGAAGGUAGCACACGUAUGUUUAAUACUCUGCUUGAAUGCUGCUUGGAAAAAAAUAAAUGUAUAAUGUGCUUCUUAAAAAUUCGGAAAGGAGGAAAAGUUCAUUUAUCUGCCCUGAUACCUCAAGCUGAAAUUAUAAACGAAACUGGUACUCAAAACCAUCCAUCAGGAUUUCAUGUAAUAUUUUUGCCGUUUCAUGAAUGUUUGAAACCAGUAAAACCAAUAGAACCUACAAAAGACUACGAGUCGUUAAAAGAUGAACAAAUCUCAAUAGGUAUGAAAAUAUGUGAAAACAUGCCCAUUAAUUAUUAUCCAUCACUGAUUAAGAACCCUAAAAUAAACUUUCAUUGGGCAAUGUUGGAAUCUAUGGCAUUGGAGUCAGAAGUACCAGAGGUUUUAGAUGAAACACUUCCAGCAAAUGAUGUGUUUGAAAAAAGUUUGAGUACAGUAAAAAAUAAUCUACAUAAACUGCUUUUGGUAUGUGAUGAUAAUCUACCACAGCCACCUAUAAAGCAACCUACUAAAAGACCUGACGUUGGCAGUCAACGUGGAAAAGAGAAAAAGAAAAAAAUGAGCAGUAAUUAGAAGUCAAGACAGUAAUGAUCAGAAAAGUUUGGAACAUUUGUUGGGGUAUAACUAUUAUUAUAUUUUUUUUACAGCCACUACAGUACUGAAUGAUUAUAAUAAUAUAAUACAGUUAAGAUAUCAUUAUGUAUAAAUGUAUAAUAAAGUUUUAUGAUAGGUUCUUUUGAUUUAUGCAUUUAAUAUUUGCUGUGUACUAUUUAAAGUGUAUACCUACUAUCAUAGAUUAAAUAUAUUAUUAUUAGUAUAUUAAAUCUAUGAUACUAUAAACUAUUAAUAUAAAAAACUAAUUUUAUUCGUAUUAUUAAAUAUUUAGAAAGUUUAUUACUUAUUACCAACCAGAAGGCUGGCACUUGUAAAA